UGAAAUCCCCACUGAGGGCCAAAUCGUUUCACCAUCUUGCAUGUGAUCCAAUCAUUUUACAGCAAUUAAAUGCUUUGCUUAGUCUUGGAAACAACAAAGUGAAAUGCUUCAUUGCUAGGGUUAUUUUGUAGAUGAUUUCAUUUUAAUCUUGAUGACGUGUUAUGUGAAACCGUGUAGUGACACUGUCCAUUAAGACUAGCCUAAAUAAGACUUGGAGUCUUAUUUUUUCUACCUCUUUCUUCAAUAAAUAUGUUGCCGCAUCAGCAAAAUACCAUAAAUAAUAUGUAAUUAAUUGUCUUAGACUUUGUGAUAGAGUCUUGCACUGUGAGUGCCCUUACAACAACAACAUGAUGCUACCAGUAAGAGUUAGGUGAUACUCCCUCCCUUUAAAUUGUAGCAUUUCAAGUUUGACCAAAAUUAUAAAGAGAAUUACAAAGAUUUAUGACAUCAAAUAUAUAUACUAUGAAAAUAUAAUUAAUAAAAAAAAUCUAAUUAUGCUUAUUUGGUAUCAUAAAUGUUAUUAUUCUAUUAUAUAAGUUUGGUCAAAUUUAAGAUGAUUUGACUCUCAAAAAAAGUUGGAAUGACUUUAAAUUUGAGAUGAAGAGAGUAUAUGCUAAAAACACAAUAUAACAAGAAAAUCAUUCCACAUAAACAGGUUUUGAAUACCAUAGCUAACUAGCAAUGUCACCAAGAUUACCUACUUUGUUUUGCAUACCAUAAACAGAGUAUACCCACAAGCCCUAGGCUAUUGAACUGACCAAUUCCACAUGGAGGACGCAUCUUAUCGUUGGCAUUUGCUGCAAGGAAGGCAUGUUCAUACCAUUUCAAUCCCAUCAUGAAACCAACAGCAAUACAUGAAUGUUAGGAUCAUUUCUGUUGGGAAAAUGCUCUCCGCACUCCCCAGCAGUACGGUGAAUCGUGAACCUUCUCACUCGGUGCCGUGAGAGGAUUGGGCUCCAACGGACAGUAGGCUCAACAGUAGUUGAAAACAGUGAAUGCUCUCUCUUUUUAUUAACGACGGCGUCGCGCCCCUUAUAUAGGGCCCGGAAACCGACCUAACGACAUUUACAUAAAUACCCCGUGACGGUGGGAGAAUAUUCCAGCAUAUUCUUACACCACAGUCUACUGACCCUAAGUCACCUGUGUAAUUUCACAUUGCAAGCCCUUCGUUUAUCCUCUGUCUGGGGCUUCAGUUGGUCGGAGGCUUGGAUCCUCCGCCCAAUCGCGGAUCCUCCGACACUUCGGUGUCGGAGGUUCCUCAGCCUGGCCGGGCCGGAGGUUGCUCGUCCCGGCCACCCCGGGGGUUCCUCCUUAGCCUAGUCGAGUCGGAGGUCUUCGGCCUGGCCGCGUUCUCGCCAUCCUCGGACCCGGGAAGGUCCCCCGGGGGUUCCUCCUUAGCCUAGUCGAGUCGGAGGUCUUCGGCCUGGCCGCGUUCUCGCCAUCCUCGGACCCGGGAAGGUCGGAGGUUCCCCCCUUUCCUUGCUUGUGGGCCUCCGCCGGUGUCUCAGUCCCUGCACACACUUAGCACGACCAGACGAGUCGUCAACAUCAGUAUUUUCCAGUGAAGGAUAUCCUUCGACGCUUCAGGCGUCGGAGGUUCCUUGGGUGAAGGAUAACCUUCGACGCUACCAGGGGGAAGGAUGCAGCUGUUCCCCAACAGUUCCCCCCUUUUUGGGCUAAUGGCACUCCUGCGGUCCAUGUGCUCAAAAACAUGCCGCGCUGCGGAGGCUACGAGCACGGUUGCUGCCUUCCCCCCUGGUGCGCAGGAUGUGCUUGUUAGCAUUGUUGGAAAAAUGUUUCUUUUACUUAGUCAUAAUUUCCUUGGUUUGUUUGUUUUGCAAGGAUUCUAUGGUCAUUACUGUUCUGAUACCUUGUUAUCCUUCGCGAUUUAUAUUUCGGAGGUUAUUAUAGUCGUUGGAGUUAGCCGUUGGUGAUGGAGAAUCGCAACGGUCGGGCCGAAUCCUCCGCUUUUAGCCGUUGGGCGCGGGGAAUCGCAACGGUCACGUGGUCGCAGGCCCCCCCCCUAUAAAAGGGGAUGCUGGGGAGCUUUGAGCUCUCACCCCUGCCUCGCUUUGCCUGCACACUUUCCUUCGCCAUAUCUUGCUCUCUGAGCUGCUCGCGCGCCUUUUGGUUGUGUUUAGUUCCCAAGUGUUGUCGGAGGUUUUACGGUGGCUCAACUUCCUCCGCCGCGUCCUUCGAGGUCAGAUUUUUCUGGUCCUUUGCGCAAUUUUCUUAGUGUGAGGUCUGGAGGUUGGCUGCGGAGGUUCGAGGAGUGGAUGCUUGAGGUGGCAGCAGCUCAAGACCUGGAGGAGACGCUGUCUGACGUUGAAGCUUCCGUUGGUGAUUUGAUUAGUGCGAAGGAAUUUGAGCAGAUGGCUUCCAUCACUUUUGAAUUUGGUGAGUCGACUGUGAGGGAGGAGGAUAUUGCCGACAUGGUCGAGGCUAGGUUUUUCAAGGAGGGUCGAGCGAAGGCUCCACCUGCGGGGCAGACGGUACCUGCGCCUGAAGAGGGCUAUGCGGUGGUUUUCAGGGAUUUCUUCACCUGUGGACUUCGGAUGCCUCCGUAUCAUUUCCUUCGCGAAGUGAUGGAGAGUUUCAACGUGGAGCUACAACAUUUCAGCCCCAAUGGGAUACUGACCCUUAGCAAAUUUGCUUGGGCGUGUGAAUCAUACGGAGCUGCGCCUCACGUAGAUACUUUUUGCUCGUAUUUUGAACUCCAGCGCCAGCCUAAGAAGGUGAAGGAUGCUGAAGGAGUUGAACAUAUAGCGCAGUUUGGAAGCUGCGCGUUCAUGCCGCGCCGCACAAUGCCUGGGUCUAGGUGUGAGAUCUCCUACUGCCAGAAGGGCAAGUGGGAGAAGGAUUGGAUGAGGGCCUGGUUCUAUGUGAAGACCCCCGCCGCGUCGAGGACUCUAGAGGAUGGCAGUGUUGAUAAGGUGUAUCCUUAUGCGUCUGAGAUGAAGUUGCUUAGGCCUAUCCACAAAGUUGAUCCUUCGAAUUCGGUGUCGGAGGAGCAGUUGCAGGCGCGACUGGCCUGCGAUAAGGCCUUUGCUCUGGCCUGUCGAUAUUCCGGAGGUCGGGAUUUAGUUGAGGAGAUGGUCGCAGCUGAUUAUUGGCCCCUUGGCCGCAGGACUGACGAAUUCACCAUUGAAAUGGUGCAAGUGUCGGUCUUUGGCCCUCCGGAGGGUUUGCCGUUUCCCCGGUUUGGAGCAGGUUUGCCGGAGGAUGAGACUAAGGAGUCCUUCCUUGAUCGAGUGGAGGUUUCCACUCGGAGGAUCGUCGGGAAGAUCUCGGAGAAGGAGUAUCUCCAGCGGAGGUCUGCACUUGGCACGAUGCCCCGCUUCAACCGAGUGUUUGAGGAAUUGGGGAUUGAAUAUGAGGAUUACGUUAUUCCUCCGGAUAUUUUGUUGGGGUUGGAGAAGAAGAAGGAUUCCUCCAAGGCCGUUGCUGCGGCGGAGGCUAGGAAGAGGAAGGGUGGCGGCGCUGUGAAGCAACUUGCUAAGAAGCGCAAGGCGGAGGUUGUGUUGGAGACUCCUGUGGAGUCUUCCUCCGCUCGCUCUUCUGCUGCCGAGUCUAACUCGGUGGCUUCUGUUCCUGCGGAGGCUGCUCCUGCUGGUGGAGUUCCUGAGGUUGAGGCCUCACGCGCGGUCUCUUCUGUACGCGCGCCUUUCGCAUCCCUUCUUGGGGAGGAGUCUUCCGAUGCGGAGGCCCCUGAGGCGAGUCCUGCGCGGGAGGCGAAUCCUGCGGUGGCCGAGAGUCCUGCGCGGGAGGCUUUGGCUGGAGGAGGAUCUCCGCCGAAGGAUGGGCAAGAGGUAUCCAGUGAUGAGGCAGAGUCUGUUUCUGUUCGGAGGAUGAAGAGGACGGAGGCUUCCCCGCGCCCGGCCGGAGAUGGCAUAAAUUCGCUGUACAUAGAGGAUGUGGUCGCAGGGUUGGCCACUGCGGAGGAACUGGCUAAGGGUGCUAGCAUAGCACGGGAAGGUCUUGAAGUUCCUCCGCCUAGGGUUCCUGCGCCGUCUGCGCUGGCUAGUAGGCCUUCGCCUGCUAAUGUUAUGGGUCCUGGUGCUUCUGAUCAUUCGAUCACAGGUUGGACCCAUGCACUGCGCGAGGUUCAUUCUUUGGUCGGAGAUCGUCUCCGCCAGAAGCUCCGUCAUAUGGACUUUGACGCCUUCCUUCGCGUGCAAUUUGAGCACCAUAGCCUUAGUCACCACAUGGCUGCAGCCUUGGAGGAGCGCUGCUCCCGGGAGAUUAUUUGCCGGGACGAGGCUAUUGGUGCUCUUAAGAAGGAAAACGAAAAUUUAGAGGCCGAGAAGGCUCGCCUGUCGGAGGAUGUUAAGGAGCUUUCUUCUGCCCGACAGGAAAUUGAGUCCCUGAGGAAGGAAAGGGAUGACUACAAAGCUGGGUCGGAGGCCUUGAAGAAGGAUAAAGAAGAUGCCGAAGCUUCGGCGGCUGUCCUCCGCACGAGUGUCGCUGAGGCGGGGAGAGUUAGGGACUUAGCCCUGCAACGAGCCGAGAAGGCGGAGGACAUUGCUGAACGCCUUCGCAAGGAGCUUGACGCUGAGCGAACGUCUGCGGCUGAGCUGCAGACUCGCAUACAGAAGGUGGAAGCGGAGGCUGCAGCUAUUGUUGGGCUCUAUGCCGACUCGCUUGCGAAGUUCGGAGGAAGCACCUCUGCUCCUCCGCCCGGCGGCGAUGUUGGGGCUGCCCUCGCAUGGCUGAAGUCUCAUAUCCGCAUGCUCCCUGACUUUGUUGGAGGUGCUGUUGAUUUUGGGGCUUUGGCCGCGGUUAGCUCCUUCGCUAGGCUUUUACGCCGCGGAGGUUGCUCUCACGCGGAGGGAGUCGCCAAGGAGGAAUUUGCUGCGGCGGAGGACGUUGGCGAAGGCACCCCUAGCCUGCGCAAAUCUGUUCGGAACUUUAUCAGUUCGUUCUGGAUUAGGUUUGGGCGGGCUGAGGCGAAGAAAAUGGCGGAGGAUCGUCGAGCUGAGGUUUGUACUAUUUGGUUAUUCCUUUGCGUUUUUUUUUGUUACUUUUCAACGCUACUUAAGAUUACUGGCUUGUAGGAAAUUGCGAAGAAGAAGACUAAGGUUGAUAAGGCCGGUCUUUCGCGUCCCCCUGGCGAGGUGCGUCCUUCGGCUCAGGCUGAGGCGGAGGUUCGUGAUGCAGGUGUUGAAACUGCGGAGGAACCCGGUGCCAGGGCUUCAGAGCAACCCGAAGCUCCUGAAUCCACUAAGAUCCUGCUUACUCCCCAACCCGCGACAUUCGUUGUUAUGACCAAGGCAUCUGUGUGAGGGUAGCUUUCCAACCUUAGAUCUUCCUCAGUGAAGGUUAUUGGGGUUCUGGACCAAUCAGUGCAUCUCACUGGCCCUUGAACUGCAACGUUGUUGACGAGCCGGAGGUGAUCCUUCUUCUGCUUCUUUGUCUGGAACUCCAUUGAG